AUGUCUUUAUUUGUACUUUGGGAACAAAAAGGUGUGACAAAUGAAGAACUUAGUCAGAUUAGUAAUAAAUUAUUGGACCGAGAUGUUAUUGUUGGAUAUAUUGUUCGGGUUAGUUUGAACUACAUAAUCUAAUUAUAAUAAUCAUUUUUUCUAGACAAACUCGACGGAUACGGAAGUUAUUGAAGCUAGAAAAACUUUUUCAAUAUCACUUGUUAUUAUUAUUUUGGAGGUUGGUUUUCAUCAAUAUAACGUCAUAAAAUUUCAAUUUUGGUCUUUUUCGGACUCAUCUAUAAAAAUUAUUCGUGUUGAAUACAAUUUAUAAUUUUAAAAGUCAAUUGACAAAAAAAUGGACAUCUAACCCGAUAUGUAAAUAAAAACUUUUAAAAAGUCAGUUUUCAGAUAAGUGUUAUAAUAUUCUGUGGUUCAUAUGUUAGCCGAGCUGUGAAUCGUGUAUCAGUUAGUGAUCGAACUCGAAAACUCCAAAAACAAAUCUUGAUCUACCACAUAACUCAAACCGCCGUCGUAUUUUUCUGCUGCGGAACCCAUGUGACACUUUUCACAAUAAGCUCUGCACUUCACAAAAGUACAAAUUUUCUGGGAACGAUCGCAUCUGCAGCUUUAAUAUGGUUUCCCACAUUCGAUUUUAUCAUCCUCUGCACUUGUCUGAAAUCCUAUCGGUAUUUUAACAUUUUUGAACUCUAAAGAAAUCCCUCAUUUUUUUCAGAAAAACAUUAAAGCGAAUCUAUCAAAAAUUGCAAGGACCUGGAAUUUUUUGUUUUUCAAACAAGUAG